AUGACAGAACCUUCUUCGCAUAGCACAAGCCAUGUCCUGCCCGAGACAACACGCACUCUUACCGAGGACGACGAGCUACCCAGUAGUGGGAGGAGUAACGAUGCAAGCCACGAGAAUCAAGUAACGGAUCUGGGAGAUAACGAACGAGGAGAAUGCAAUCAAGAUAGAGAUGCCGUCCCCUCUAACUCUGCUUCCCUCCUCUAUGUGCUGCGUUACACCCCCCUGAACAUCCUCCUCUUGUGCAUCCCCGUCUCCUGGGCGCUACACUACGCUGCGCGAUCCGAUACCCACAUCUUCGUGUUCUCAGCGCUGGGGAUCGUGCCUCUCGCCGCCCUUCUUGGGACGAGUGAGAGCGUAGGAGGGUUGCUCAAUGCAACGCUGAGAAACGUAGUGGAGAUGAUUAUUAGCGAUGUUGGGUUGCAGAAGUGCGACCUGGAGCUGGUGCAGAGCUCUCUGUUAGGUGGUUUGCUGAGCAACCUCCUCCUUGUGCUGGGUAUGGCGUUCCUCGUGGGCCCGGCAGAGCAAGAGUUCCAUCCCAUGGUCGCUGGCGAUGGUGGUACCGGUAGUGCUAGUGGGUGGUUUUGA